AUUUAAGCGUCCUCCCGCGACUUAUCUGGCGCCGCCGGAAGCGGAACUACCCGAGUCGUUAAGAGGGGAGUCCUUAGCUGGGACGUGGAGUUCUUGUGCGGGCCGUGGAACUUCGGUCAGGAAAGGUUAGGGCGGAUCGUUUGGCUCUUUCCGGAAAUCGUUCCGCCCGGCGAGGUUUCUGUGUGAGGCCUAAGGCGGGCUGAAAAGGGGCGUGACUGAGAUUCUUGAAGUGUAGUAGUGCCUGAGGUACCUCCAUGUGUCCCUUCAGCUGCUAUUGAAGGGAGAAGACCCACAUCCACGCGUCCACCUGGAGUCUCUUAACGAAUACCUCACCCUGCCCCCGGGAUUAAUGGGGGAAACCAAGACCUGAAGGGGCUCGGCCAUCUCCACCAGAUCUCACUGCAGCCGUGGCAGGUGAGGGCCGCGAGACCGAAGGAGAACCCGAGAUGCGGAACCUGAUCGCCUGAAGGUUGAGGUCGCUGCUAGGCAGUUGCUUUGUCUCCUGUUGUGCCCUGGGCAUCCUAAACAAGCGCUACUCCGAGGGGCAUGUGGCGGAGCGAAUGACAACGUGGGCGUGGUGGAGCGACUGUACACCUCUGAGGCUUCUUUCGCGCCUUCAUUUCUCCUCCUCCUCCCCCAUUGCUUCCCUCUUUUGUUUCUUGGGUUUGAGACGUCAGAAAUUGCAGCUCAGCUAGAAGGGAGGUGCCCAGUUUCUAGCCCGUGCUGCGUCUCGCUCCACCAAAGUAGGAAGCCUCGAGUUUGGGGACUGCUGUGGGAGGUGGUGGCUAUUUUAAUUUUCACUCCGUAGUCUUCAUCGCUCUGCUUCUCGUCGCCUCCACACCCACUUUAAAAGAACAAAAGCCUUCUGUGUUGCAGCUUUCUACAAUACGGACGGAGGCUGCAGGUCACUGCCGCACCUCAUCGGUUGGACGUUCUUGCAUCCUCAAGCACUUUCAGGGAGAAAGGCAACAACUUCGAUAUCAACAAUGAAGCAAUGAUAUCUGAGAACAAAGGAGCGUCUGCCAAUGAACUGUCAUCACAAUUUCAAGCGACUAUAUAAGCAGAAACAAGCUUCAGCAGACCUAUGUGUCAGCGAGUAUAGGGAGAAUGCUUUCUUCUGAUGCUAUUUAUGUCGAAGCAGUUUUAAUAUAGAUCAUUUAAAUUAUAUCUAUAUCAAAUUAAGUAAAAAUGAGUGAAGCCCCCAGAUUCUUUGUUGGUCCUGAAGAUACAGAAAUAAACCCUGGAAAUUAUCGACGUUUCUUCCACCAUGCAGAUGAAGAUGAUGAGGAGGAGGAUGAGUCUCCACCGGAAAGGCAGAUUGUGGUUGGAAUAUGUUCCAUGGCAAAGAAAUCCAAAUCCAAACCAAUGAAAGAAAUUCUUGAACGGAUCUCCUUAUUUAAAUAUAUCACAGUAGUAGUAUUUGAAGAGGAAGUUAUUUUAAAUGAACCAGUGGAAAAUUGGCCUUUGUGUGAUUGUCUUAUUUCUUUCCAUUCUAAAGGAUUUCCACUGGACAAAGCAGUUGCCUAUGCAAAACUCAGGAAUCCAUUUGUAAUCAAUGACUUGAAUAUGCAGUAUCUCAUACAAGAUAGGAGAGAAGUAUAUAGUAUUCUUCAAGCUGAAGGUAUUUUACUUCCUCGAUAUGCGAUUUUGAACCGUGACCCAAAUAAUCCCAAAGAAUGUAAUCUGAUUGAAGGGGAAGAUCAUGUUGAAGUAAAUGGGGAAGUUUUCCAAAAGCCAUUUGUAGAAAAGCCAGUCAGUGCAGAAGAUCACAAUGUUUACAUUUAUUAUCCAACCUCUGCUGGUGGUGGCAGUCAAAGACUCUUUAGAAAGAUUGGCAGUAGAAGUAGUGUUUAUUCCCCAGAAAGCAACGUACGAAAAACAGGCUCAUAUAUAUAUGAAGAGUUUAUGCCCACAGAUGGUACUGAUGUUAAGGUUUAUACAGUGGGUCCAGAUUAUGCCCAUGCUGAAGCUCGAAAAUCUCCAGCACUUGAUGGUAAGGUGGAACGAGAUAGUGAAGGAAAAGAAGUAAGAUACCCUGUCAUUCUUAAUGCACGAGAGAAAUUAAUUGCCUGGAAAGUCUGCCUUGCUUUUAAGCAAACAGUUUGUGGCUUUGAUUUGUUACGGGCCAAUGGACAGUCUUAUGUCUGUGAUGUCAAUGGCUUCAGUUUUGUGAAAAAUUCCAUGAAGUAUUAUGAUGAUUGUGCAAAAAUACUUGGAAAUACUGUAAUGCGAGAGCUUGCUCCACAAUUUCAUAUCCCCUGGUCAAUACCCUUAGAAGCUGAAGAUAUCCCAAUUGUACCAACUACAUCUGGAACUAUGAUGGAACUUAGAUGUGUCAUAGCUGUCAUACGUCAUGGGGAUCGAACACCAAAACAAAAAAUGAAAAUGGAAGUGAGGCAUCAAAAAUUUUUUGAUCUUUUUGAAAAGUGUGAUGGAUAUAAAUCAGGAAAAUUAAAACUCAAAAAGCCAAAACAAUUACAGGAAGUGCUGGAUAUUGCACGGCAACUUCUUAUGGAGCUAGGGAAAAAUAAUGAUUCUGAAAUUGAAGAAAAUAAGCCCAAACUUGAACAACUGAAGACCGUAUUAGAGAUGUAUGGCCAUUUUUCUGGAAUAAAUCGUAAAGUUCAGUUGACCUAUCUGCCUCAUGGUUGUCCUAAAACAUCUAGUGAAGAGGAAGACAGCCGAAGAGAAGAACCAUCCUUACUUUUGGUUCUAAAAUGGGGAGGAGAAUUAACCCCUGCAGGCAGGGUGCAGGCUGAAGAACUUGGAAGAGCUUUCAGGUGUAUGUAUCCUGGAGGUCAAGGAGAUUAUGCAGGAUUUCCUGGUUGUGGUUUACUUAGAUUACAUAGCACCUACCGACAUGACCUCAAAAUAUAUGCCUCUGAUGAAGGACGAGUCCAGAUGACUGCAGCUGCUUUUGCAAAGGGGCUAUUAGCUCUAGAAGGAGAGCUCACACCCAUUCUUGUUCAGAUGGUGAAAAGUGCAAAUAUGAAUGGUCUUUUGGAUAGUGAUAGUGACUCUUUGAGCAGUUGUCAGCAACGUGUGAAGGCAAGGCUUCAUGAAAUACUUCAGAAAGACCGAGAAUUUACUUCUGAAGAUUAUGAAAAGCUUACUCCAUCUGGAAGCAUUUCUCUUAUCAAAUCAAUGCAUUUAAUUAAAAAUCCUGUGAAGACCUGUGAUAAAGUUUAUUCCUUGAUUCAGAGUUUGACUUCUCAAAUCAGACAUAGAAUGGAAGAUCCCAAAUCAUCAGAUAUCCAGCUUUACCAUAGUGAAACAUUGGAGCUUAUGCUACGUAGAUGGUCCAAAUUGGAGAAAGACUUUAAAACAAAAAAUGGAAGAUAUGAUAUUAGUAAAAUUCCUGACAUAUAUGACUGUAUAAAAUAUGACGUCCAGCAUAAUGGUUCCUUGAAAUUAGAAAACACAAUGGAAUUAUAUAGACUUUCGAAGGCAUUAGCAGAUAUUGUUAUCCCUCAGGAAUAUGGUAUUACUAAAGCUGAAAAACUGGAGAUUGCCAAAGGCUACUGUACUCCUUUAGUUAGAAAAAUUCGCUCAGAUCUUCAGAGGACACAAGAUGAUGACACUGUAAAUAAGCUCCAUCCUGUGUAUUCCAGAGGUGUUCUGUCUCCUGAACGUCAUGUCCGUACCAGAUUAUAUUUUACCAGUGAAAGUCAUGUACAUUCAUUGCUAUCUAUUCUUCGCUAUGGUGCGUUGUGCAAUGAAUCAAAGGAUGAACAGUGGAAACGAGCUAUGGAUUAUUUAAACGUUGUCAAUGAACUCAACUACAUGACUCAGAUUGUUAUCAUGCUUUAUGAGGAUCCUAACAAGGAUCUUUCAUCAGAGGAGCGCUUUCAUGUUGAAUUACACUUCAGUCCAGGAGCCAAAGGCUGUGAAGAAGACAAAAAUUUACCAUCUGGCUAUGGAUAUAGACCAGCUUCCAGAGAGAAUGAAGGCAAGAGAUCUUUUAAAAUUGACAGUGACGAUGAACCUCAUACUUGUAAAAAAGAUGAGACUGAUCGAGCUGUGAUAUUGUUUAAACCAAUGGUAUCGGAGCCAAUUCAUAUACAUAGGAAGUCUCCACUUCCAAGAUCUAGGAAGAUGGCUACAAAUGAAGAAGAGAGCCCCCUGAGUGUGUCUAGCCCAGAGGGUACUGGUACCUGGCUGCAUUAUACCAGUGGUGUGGGUACUGGGCGUCGAAGACGCAGAUCAGGGGAACAAAUCACUUCUUCCCCUGUCUCCCCCAAAUCAUUGGCUUUCACAUCCAGUAUUUUUGGCUCAUGGCAACAGGUUGUAUCAGAAAAUGCCAAUUACCUACGAACACCAAGAACUCUUGUGGAACAGAAACAGAGUCCUACUGUAGGGUCUCACUGUGCGGGCCUGUUUAGCACCUCGGUGCUCGGGGGUUCUUCAAGUGCACCUAACCUACAGGAUUAUGCUCGUACUCAUCGUAAAAAGCUGACUUCUUCUGGCUGCAUAGAUGACGCCACACGCGGUUCUGCUGUUAAAAGGUUUUCUAUCUCAUUUGCUCGACACCCAACCAAUGAACACCUACACCUCUAUAGGUGCUGGUCCGUUUCCUCUGUGGAAUUUCUAGGCUCCAGUGGCUUUGAAUUGUAUUCUAUGGUGCCAUCUAUUUGUCCUCUAGAAACUCUUCACAAUGCCCUGUCUUUAAAGCAAGUGGAUGACUUUCUUGCUUCCAUUGCUUCCCCAUCAAGUGAAGUUCUACGGAAGACCCCUGAAAUUUCUUCACGUUCCAGUCCAGUAAUGAGAAGAAAAGUAUCUUUAAAUACAUAUACACCUGCAAAGAUCCUUCCAACACCGCCAGCUACCUUAAAGAGUACGAAAGCAAGCAGCAAACCAGCUACCAGUGGACCUUCUAGUGCAGUUGUUCCUAGUACCUCAACUCGGAGAAAGAGUAUAACUAGCAAAACAGAAGUGCAUGAACACAAAAAAAACACCGGGAAAAAGAAAUGAAAUCUUCUCAGCAGAAGCUGGAACAACUUAUAAAAAUCACAUGUUCAGUAGAAAAAGAUACAUAAUAAACCUUGACUCAAAACUGUCAGAGCAAGUAAUUUAUGUUUUUCCUUAUACAUGUCUGUAUUCACUUAUUAAAUGUAGGGGAUUCUUUGAAUAUAUUAGGUAAGCAACUUUUGUCACAGUCGAAAAAUGUUUAAAGCAAUGUUUAUUAGCAUUCUGUGAGUAACACAACCUAUGGUGAUAAAGGUCUGUUGUUGUUAAUAUGUUUACCAUGUACCUAUUGUAAAGACAAGGAACAUAAAAGCCCAGCUGACCUGUACCAAAGUCACACCAGUAGUGCUGUGUACUGCAGAGUCUGGUGAGGCGGCCUCUGUAUACACUUUUAUUUUCAUGGGAUUGAAUCUUAGCUGUAAAAGCCUUUAGCUUGUGUUGAAAUUUGACAGACAUGUUUACAUAUUGGGUACUUUUUAAAAAGUAUAUUUCCAAAGAAAUUUCAUUGACCACUUAGAUUAGAAAAAUUUUCCCAAUUGUUAUAGUGAUGUAUAUGCUGGAGUAUUUAAUAACUGGAAUAUUAGCAUGUGGGUUAUUUUUCAAUCUAUGCUUUGAAUUUUUUUAUUGUGUGUUAUUUAAAAUAUUACAUAUGUAGCUGGAAGAACUGUACCUUUAUGCACAUAAGUUCGGAUAUUAAUUUGUAGAAAAUAUUUCUUUAUGUAUUUCCUUACCAUAAGAGGUGCUUUGUUCAUCACGAAAAUAUUUGUUUCAUAUAUUGGCAAGAUAGGCACCCUUAGAGUUUCUUUUUAAGAGAUAUAGUUGACAAGUUUAUAAAUGUUGCAUUUAUUUUCAGAGUUGUUUUUAGAGCUAAGAAACUCAGUUCAAAAAUGGAAAUCAUCAAUGAUAGAAGAAAUUUGAAUUCUAUUAAGUUAGUAGGUGUUAGGUAUAGCAUCUGUUUUUGCCAUUUCUAUUCUUAUUUGCUGUGUAUCAGUUGAUCUCACUAAUAAAGCUUAAAAAUUGAACAUUUGAAAUAAAUUCUCUUUACAGAUGAUUAGAUAUUGAAGGGAAAUAGAGAUCGCUGUAUUAGGAUUUCAUCUGUGAUAUGAAAAAAAAAUUAUUAUCCUUGGUGCUUUUUCUUCCCCAAAUCCACAAAUAAUUGUGAACCACUUGAAAUGACUAAAACUGUAUCCAAACAGUGCCACCUGCUAAGAACUCCAUGCAUUGCAAGUUACAUAACUUAAAUUUCUAAAGCUUUAGCUUGAGGCUUAUGUUUAGAAAAAUUAUUGAAUUCUUAUAGUAUAAAUACAACUAUUGUAAUUCUUCAGAAGAGACUCUCCUAACCUUAAAUCAUCAUAUAUGAACUGACUUUUAGAAAAUAAACAUAUUAUAUAUCUGUUAUUUUAAAGGUACCAGAUGCAAAAGUCAUAAAUAUAUACAAUUAAAUAAGUUCAUGUACUUCACAUGAAUGUAAAUGUAUUAUAUAGACAUGUCUUGUAAACAGUUGAAUGUAUCUGGUUUCCUGUAUGUGAAAAUGUGGUUAAUGUGCUUAUUGUGGGGGUAAGAAAACUUUUGUUUUUUAAUGGAAAUGAAUUAAAAUAUUAUUUUAUUUCCAGAAUGA